CCGCCCGCCGUCCUGCCUCCCCUAAGGCAUUUGCCCCUUCUCGGCCUCCGCCACUGCGGCCUGCCCUGCGCAUGCGCAGGGGCCUUUCUGUUUUUUUUUUCUUCCCUUGACGCUGUGGGGCGCGGGCGAUUUGUAGGUAAUGGCGGGAGCUCCGUCACUGAGGUGUUGCACAGGAUGCGACGGCAGCUGUGAGUACGGCGACAAGGGCAAGUGCAGCGACUCCUCGCUGUUGAGCAAGAGGCUCUCCGAAGACUCGAGCCGCCACCAGCUGCUGCAGAAGUGGACGAAUAUGUGGCGCUCCACAAGCGAGGACGCGUCGGUGGCCGACACGGAGAAGGCGCGUCUCGAGGAGGCGGCGGCGGCGGAGGAGAGGCCGCUGGUGUUCCUGUGCUCCAGCUGCCGGCGGCCGCUGGGCGACUCGCUGAGCUGGGUGACCAGCCAGGAGGACACCAACUGCAUCCUGCUACGCUGUGUUUCCUGUAAUGUUUCCGUGGAUAAGGAGCAGAAGCUAUCCAAACGUGAAAAGGAAAAUGGUUGCAUCCUUGAGACUUUGUACUGCACGGGGUGCUCACUCAACCUUGGCUACGUGUACAGAUGCACACCCAAGAAUCUUGAUUACAAGAGAGACUUGUUUUGCCUCAGUGUUGAAGCCAUCGAAAGUUAUGUUUUAGGGUCCUCUGAAAAGCAAAUUGUGUCAGAAGAUAAAGAACUUUUUAAUCUUGAAAGCAGAGUUGAAAUAGAAAAGUCUUUAAAACAGAUGGAAGAUGUCUUGCAAGCAUUACAAAUGAAGCUGUGGGAGGUUGAAUCAAAAUUGUCCUUUGCCACUUGUAAAAGCUGAACUCUAGUCUGUGUCCUCCAUUCUGCCCCCGCCCUUCUUCCCUUUUUUUGUUAAACGAAGCAACGUAGUGAGAUGUUGUCACUACCAAAAAAAGAAAAAGAAAAAAAUAGCCAGGCAUGCGAAAGGCUGAGGUGGGAGGAUCACUUGAGCUUGGGAGGUCAAGGCUGCAGUCAGCCUUGAUCAUGCCAGAGUGAGACCUUGUCUCAAAAAAAAAGACCCCAAAAUUGUAGAAUUACUUUUAUAGCUAUUGUUGAAAAACGGGCGCUUUGAAUGAAGAGACCUUCCAAACAGGCUUUGUGUGAGCAACAUGGCUAUUUAUUCACCUAGGUGAGGUGGGCGAAGGACGAAAAGGGCAUUAGCAAAGGGCAGUGGGGUAGGAGUUGGUUUUAUAGGUUUGGGCAGUUUUUUGGGGGGUGGGUGUGUUGCAGAGUAAGUUCAGUUACUGUGGUGGGGUUGGGUGAGUGGUAUUUACAUUAUCAUAAGAACAGUUAAGAUGUCAGGCUUGGGUGAGAGGUAUUUACAUUAACAUAAGAACAGUUAAGAUGGCAGGGUUGGGUGAGGGGCUUGUCUGGGGGAUCAGGGACAAUGGCAAACGCAGGCAGAGGGUGGGAGACUUCAGCCAGGCAAGCAGGACUUCAGACUUUCAGGCUCCAGGCUUGCGUAUAGAGACCUUAGCAGCUCUCUUUUAUGGUAAAGAGUGAUUGUUUCUCAGAAUCCCAUUUUAAAGCCGUUUUGUGGUACUUGUUGGAAUUGGGACUUAGGAGUUUUGAUUUUGAUAAGAAACUGCGAUGAUUUUCUGAACUUUUCUUCUCUGUAUCACAUUUAUUUUUCUUUAUUUACUAUUUUUAAAAACUCUAUUUUACCGUUAACACUUGGAACAAUAUUUAUUACAAAUGAUAAGAAAAUCUUAGAGGUUUUUCUACCCACAGUGUCAGUGAAUCUUCUCUGAAAACUAGUGCUUAAAGUUCCCUGAAGAAAUUGGUCGUAAUUAUUCGUCAGAACUGUUUGAAAACUUGCAUAAGAGCAGUCGCAUCUAUGUAGCAGGAUUUUACUUUUUCCUGCUUAUGUACGUACUACUAUAUGCUUAGAAAACCUGGAGGAAUGCUUAUCAAAGAGGAGUAGUCAUCUCUGAUGGUGGGAUUCUGGGGGAAUUUUUGGCUUUUCUGUUUUCUGUAAUGUAAUACUUUUAUAGGGAGUGUAUUUUUAUAAUUGAAGAGAAUAAAGAUUAAAACAAAGUGCUUUAAGAUUGA